GUGGAGGCAGGAAGUGACGCCCCCUCAGAAUCUAAGGUGGACCAGAGGGCGACGUUACCUGCAGAGAACGGACUGAGCCACACACCCAUAAUCGCCCCGAAACCCCCUUCACUGGUUGGCCAUCAGCCCCAGUCUGCAGGCUCAUUAAAACCAUCAGUGAAGACUGAAGACAUCAUUCAGAGUGUCCUCACUGAAUUUGAGGCUCAGACGUUGGAGGAGUUGAAGCAGCAGAAGGGUUUUGUCCGAGAGCAGAGGAAACAGUACAAGGAGAUGAAGGAGCUGGUUCGGAAACACCAUCGCAAGACCAGCGAGCUGAUCAAGGAGCACACGGCCCGUGUGUCCGAGCUGCAGAGCCAGCACCAGCGGCGGCGCUCUGCCCUGCAGAAGAGCCACAAACGAGACGGUAAGAAAAG